GAAAUUGUUGUUUACAAAAAUAGUACACAUUCACGUGACUUACCGAGGGACAAAAUGGCGGAUUCUGGAAAUCCAUUUAUUGAAUCUGAUGUAUCAGACGCAGAAGAUGAUAAUGACUUUGUAGCUGAUAUUAAACAGUCAAAUAAAACAAUGAAUAAACAAGAGGCUAACGACACUUCGUGGGAUAAUAUAGCAGCCAAAUUACUUAAAGACAAUUAUAUUCUUACUGCAUUGGAGCUUUAUACAGAAUUUAUAGAAUCAGGAAGAGAUCUGCCACGAUUGAGGGAUUAUUUUUCAAAUCCUGGAAAUUUUGAACGUACCAAAGAAGAUACACCAUCACCCACUUUGCUCUCAAGUUUUUCAAAUACUGAAAAUGCUAGAACUUCUAGUGUGCAGACAUUUGAUUCUUUAGAUUUUGCUCGGUAUUCUGAUGAUGGCGAGCGGCAAGUUGAUGAGCGGGUAGCAGUACUAGAAUUUGAAUUACGCAAGGCUCAAGAAACAAUAAAAUCACUACGUGCUAGUCUUACACAGCAAGCAGAAACUGAGUUGUCUACACCUGAGAACCAAUACAAAGGAGGCUUGGGUGCUGAGAACAGUGAGGCUGUCACACCGCUAGAGAAAAAAGCUCUCAACUUUUUAGUUAAUGAAUAUCUGUUGCAAGCAAACUACAAGGUUACGUCUGUGACCUUUGCUGAAGAAAAUGAAGAGCAGGAUUUUGAAGAUUGGGAUGACGUAGGUCUUAACAUUCCCCGCCCCCCUGGGCUUGUCCACUUAUUGAAAGAUUAUAGCAGUCACGUGGCUCCAAGUAAAGACACUUGUGAUGCAUGUGUUGAUGUGGAUUUGGACACAGAAACAUUGGUUCACAUAGAGGCACAGUGGAAGGCCAGAGUGGAAAGUUUGGAAUUAAAAAUUGAAUCUCUAGAACAGCAACUGAAAUUAUCGCUUGAAGAAAAUACAACUUUAUCUCAGCAAAUAGACAUUUUUAAAAUAGGAGGAGGGAGCCGAAAUGAAUCUCUUCAUCAAACUGAUGCGUCCAUGCCUUCUCGGGAAAGAUCUCAGCCAGACGAUAUAAAAAUACAAAUACAAACACUGACUAACGACGAUCACAUACGCCCCAUAGGUAGCAGUCUUGAUGACCUCAGACCUGAUGAUUCAGACCUUCACCCUGAGGGCACUCAUUCCCCAAGAGCGCUGACUGAUUCUGUUGAUUCCACUGCUGCUGUGAGUCAUGUGAUUGGUGAGCGAGAAGAAGGUGAAGGUCAGGAGGAAGUGCAGGGUAAAAUUUUAUUGGCAGUCGCACCGGAUGCAGCUAGCGAUCAUAGUGAUACAUCACUUUCUAUAAAUAGCAGACUGGAUAGCAAAGAUCACUUGACCCAUCAGCUGUCAUCAAAACAUUUAAACAAGAGGAAAAUGACUGAUAGUUUCCGCCAAGCUCUACUUGAUGUUGCAUUCCAUGUUUCUCAAGAUAAUCGUAUUGUUUCAGAGAUGUCCAGAAUCAAUCAUUCCGACAGUCAAGGAGUGGUGAAGAUGUUGUCCCGAUGUCUCCCUCAUAUAGUACCAAACGUAUUGUUAGCCAAGCGAGAGGAACUGAUCCCUGUCAUAUUGUGUACAGCCAUUCUCCACCCAGAACCAAAGCAGAGAGACCAACUGUUAAAUAUUUUAUUUAAUCUGAUUAAAAAGCCAGAUGAUGAUCAAAGACAAAUGAUUCUCACUGGUUGUGUUGUCUUUGCUGAGUUAGCAGGAGCGGACAGACUUGUGGAAGAACUUUUACCACAGUGUUGGGAACAGAUCGGCCACAAGUUUGUAGAAAGGAGACUUCUAGUUGCUGAAGCCUGUGGUGCAUUGUCUUCAUAUCUCCCGGCUGAGAUCCGCAGCUCCCUGGUUCUAUCUAUGUUACAACAAAUGAUGCUAGAUGACAGAGACGAGGAAGUCAGGGAGGCGGUUGUUAGGAGCCUGGGACUUCUCAUGGGAUUUAUCUGUGAUGCUGACAAAUAUGUUCAGGGCUAUGACUUACUGAUGGCAGCCUUGAAGGAUCCCAAAGAGAAAGUCCACAGAGCAGCACUGCAAGUGUUUCUGCCAGCCUUGGGGAUGUGGUCCAGGGAACUGGGUCGACUGGAGCACCAUCUCAUGCACAAUCUACUUAAACAUUUGGAGGAUACAGUUAAGGGUGCAGUUGCAGCACAAAAAGUGAACAGCUCAACGUCACUGCCUCUUAAUGAAAGCCGCUUCCUGUUGCUCUUGAGUACGCUGGAAGAACUGAUCCCUUUACUUUAUCUGACUGUCAUAGAAACAUGUCCGUCCUCAUCAACUCCCACAGAGCAGAUCUAUGUUGACUUUUCUCGUUAUCCUCGAGCAACCUCACCUCUGAAUGAUCUCCUGGUCAUGUGUGGAGGUGAGCAAGCCUUAGUGAAAUUAGCCUCUCACUUUGAAAGUCACAUUGAUCAAGAAUGGUUUGAGCCCUGGGAGGAGAUCAAUUGGAUUGUGAAUAAUUUGUUGCCCCGUAUACUUGAGGUCACCUCAACCGUUGGCCUGUCUAUGCAGAAAGUUGUACAUUCCUUAAGCCAGUUUAUGUUUUGUUUGAGUAGAACAUUUGGACGAACAUUCACAGAGAAAAAAGUUAAACAGAAAUUUGAAGAAUUAGUGAAUAUACCAGUUGAUGAGUUAGAGACUAGAAGUAAACAAGGUCACCUACCCCUGACUACUUGUAUUGUACCUGUAUAUGCUUCGGGAGUUCUACUGGCAUUUGUGACAGAAGAAGAUAAAGCGUGCCUGAAUCAGUUUUUAAAGAAAGUGCUGUGUACCUUGGCCUACUAUCAGACGUCACUGGACAGUAUGAGGGCUACUCUCAUAGAACUAAGUGAGAACCCAGCCAAUCAUGACCUGCUGUUGUCUGUGCUAUGGGAAGGUGUGGUUCAUACGUCUUCGCAAGUCAGGACAGCUGCGGCAUCACUGUUUGAGCUGAUGAUCAAAGGGGUGAGCGACUCUCUUGUGUCGUCAAGAGUUGUCCCAGCUUUAGUCACGCUCUCCAAUGAUCAUGAACUAAGUGUUCGUAUCGCCACCAUUCCUUCCUUGGGAUCUAUCAUAGAACAUGUUACAAUACGUGAGGUCUUGGAUCGUGUUUACAUGCAGCUGCAGAUGUUUUUCGACGAGCCAAUCUACCGAGACCAACACACAGUCCAUGUCGAAUUGAUACGGACCUUGGCUCGCUGUGGGCCCAGUGCGGAGCCAAAGUUUCGUGAUGAAUUUAUACUUCCUCGCCUGGCUGCCAUGGCGUCUGCCAAUAACCACGUGACCAAUGAAACCAAAAGGACGGAUAUCGCUAAGCAACUGUUUGAAGCUUACAGCGCCAUCUCUUGUUGUUUCUUGAGCCAGCAGCUGGUGGCGGAGGCCAUGUUACCUGGCUUGAAAUGUUUGAAACAGGACAUGGAGGCGCUGGGCGCCGAGCACCUGGAGGUAGUGAAUGCCAUGAUACGAGACUACCAGAGUAAACUGGACAUCAAGACAUUACCAGCAGGACCUGUCGAAGACAUUAGGACAUCAGUUAUGUCCAAGAUCAAGGACACCACCUCCAAAGCCAACAUUGGGAACAUAUUCAACAGGAAGAAAUAGUCUUCGGCUUUAGGGGCACUGUUCAGCAUCACGGAGUGACCAUGGGAAAGCGGCUGGUUUGUUGGACUGACCAUUGACAACGUCAAUCUUCAUGAAGUGACCACAACUAUUAUGUACUCUAAAUAACUGUCCAAUGUUAUCCACUUUUAAAACUGUUUCUCUUUUACUUAAAACUUGUUGCUCUCAAACUUUGAUACAAAGAUCUAUUUCAACUUGUGACGCCAUUAUGUCUCCUCCUAAUCUUAUCUUAUAUGUUUGUAUAGCUUCAUAUUCUGUUUAAAUGUUUCUUGUAGCGCUUAUAUUGAAAACAAAAAAAAAAAUUCUGAUUCUAUUUUGUCAUCAAUGUUUUUUUAUUAUUGUCUUUCAUAUCAAAUCUUUAUGAACAUUUUUAUUCAAAAAAUAUUUUUGUUAUUGUUAAUGCAAACUUCAAAUCUGAGCUUGGGGCUUAGUGAGGUCAAUGAUCACUUCUAGACAUGGCCAGACUGUGUAGCAGUACUAACUAGACAUGGCCAGGCUGUGUAGAAGUACUAUCUAGACAUGGCCAGGCUUUGUAGAAGUACUAUCUAGACAUGGCCAGGCUUUGUAGAAGUACUAUCUAGACAUGGCCAGGCUGUGUAGCAGUACUAACUAGACAUGGCCAGGCUGUGUAGAAGGACUAUCUAGACAUGGCCAGGCUGUGUAGCAGUACUAACUAGACAUGGCCAGGCUUUGUAGAAGUACUAACUAGACAUGGCCAGGCUUUGUAGAAGUACUAUCUAGACAUGGCCAGACUGUGUAGCAGUACUAACUAGACAUGGCCAGAACUGUAGCUGUACUUUUGACAUUUUUAUCUUUUGUUGUUAGCUUCUAGCAUCAUAAUGGCAGUGUAUGUGUGUAUUUAUUGUACAUAAGGGUGAAGAGUUAUAGAGUGAGUUACAUUGGGGCCAAUAGUGUACUGUGUAGCUAAUGCCUUUGUACUCUACUUUCACCAGAGUAAUGUCAUGGAGAGCACAUUUGUUACAUCUUGUAAUGCUGUAGCUGCUUCUUGCUAUAAUAUUGUAUCAGAAACAUUUGUUUUACGAUAAGACCUAAACGUCGUAUUCCUGUAGCCAGUAAAAUAAUAUGGUACUUAAGAAGUAAUAACUUUAGUAGAGUGCAGGGGUUCUCAACCUGUGGGUCGUGACCAUUUGCCAGGGGUCGCCUAAGACCAUCGAAAAUAUGGAUUGUUAUUGUCUACCCUACAAUUCUGUAUUUGUGUA